CCAAGGAGGAGAGGAGAAGGAGAUGCAGUAAAAGUUAGUUAGCAAAGUGGGAACGUCAGACUCCAGAGCCCAGCAGAAGAAAGGAAAGAAAGAGUUUAAGAAGGAUUUUGUGUUGAGGCCGGUUCUGUGCAGAGCGAGACAUGGCCGCCUUGAAGGAGAAGAGAACGUGUGGCCAGCGCUGUGAAGACUUUGGACGUUUUGUCUGGAACUCAGACAAUGGGACCUUGUUUGGCAGAACUCCCGAGAAAUGGGUGUACAUCAGCCUGUACUACGUGGCGUUCUACGUGGUGAUGACGGGGCUCUUCUGCCUGGCCAUCUGGACGCUGAUGUACACCCUGGACCCGUACACUCCGGACUACCAGGACCGACUGCCCUCGCCAGGUGUGAUGGUGUGGCCAGAUAAAUAUGAUGAGGAGCAUAUAGUGAUCACUUACAACUCCUCAGACAAAGUGAGCGUGAGCAAGAUGUCCUCCUGCCUUCACAACUUCCUGGGGCAGUACAACGACACUCUACAGAAGGACUGUGACCACAACUGCACCAAGGGAAAGUACUUUAUGCAGCACAAUUUUCUACCUGGUACUCACACCAAGGAGUCCUGCUCCUUCUCCGUCAGCCAGCUUGGCAACUGCUCCGGACUGCACGACCCCACCUUCGGCUACAACUGUGAUAUGCCCUGUGUCAUCAUUAAGAUGAAUAGGAUUAUCAAUUACCUCCCAUCCAAAAACAACACCCAAGACAUACAAGUGAACUGUACAGUUCUGGAAGGAGAGGAGAACGUGAAGAAGAUAGAGUACUUUCCAGAAAAUGCUCUCAUGGAUAGAUCUUACUUCCCCUACUAUGGUAAACUGGCCCAGCCCAACUACCUGAACCCCCUGGUGGCCGUGAGAAUCAGCCUGACGGGGAAACGCUCUGCCAAGUUCCAGUGCCGCGUGGUCGCAGAUAAGAUCACCUACGAGAACAUUCACGACCCGUACGAGGGGAAGGUGGUCUUCACCCUCCAGAACCUCCAUGUUCCCUCCAGCCCCAGCAGUGUACACCACCACAGCUCUACUCUGUAGAUAUCAGCUCAAUGAUGAGCAGAGCCUCUUUUUAACCCUAAAGACCACGGCUCUGUCAUAUAAAUAUCAGCUCCAAGUUAACCGGAACCAUUAAAUUAUUUGGAGGAUUGGUUAUUAUAUCCACAAAUAACCACUGCUUGAACACCACUUUGUUUGCAGUCUUGGUUCCUUUAAAUAAAAUCACAACUCCUGAAUAUACAUCAGGCCGGCUUCUGUCACCUUUAUUCCCUCUCGUUUGAACGAUUGUUGACAUUGCUUCUUGCCAAUAAAGGUGUGACUUAAAGUGUAUAAUAAAGGGCUGGAUGUUAAGAAGUAUGCUGUG